UUAUAUUUUUGGGUGUUGCGCAUAAUAAAAAUCUUAAAUUACAUAGGUAUAACGGCUAUAACCUAUAGGCGAGUGAGUGAGCAACACUCCAAACGACGCUCACGGUGACAGUGCCAGUGCCGGUGCCGGUGCCCAACUCAUACGCAAAUUCAAUUCCUUUAGAAACUCUCAUACGCAAAUUCAUCACUCAUACGCUAAUUGCAGAAGCUCGAAUUGCAGAUCAAUUUUUCAAGUGUUGUGGCUGGAAAUCAGGAAUGAAUGACCUGUCAUCCUCGGGCCCAGGGCGGCCGCCCCGCCUGCCCUGGCUCAGGGACAGGCCUGGUGCCAAAACUUUAGCUGCUAAUAUGUAAGUGUAUAUUUUAAGAACUUGUAAGAAAUGGCGCCGGGUCAGAAAGUAAAGGCAGCUUUCAAAGCGAUGAAGGAUAUUGGCAUUCCUGAAGAAAAAACAAAACCUGCCUUGAAGAAGCUUCUUAAAUUGUUUGACAAGAAUUGGGACCUGAUAGAAGAAGAAAACUAUAGAGUCCUUGCGGAUGCUAUCUUUGAAUAUGAGGAUACUGAGACUGCAGAGAAAGAGAAGAAGAAGGUACAGGAAAACGUUGAUCAAGGGGAGGUUUUUGAGGAAGCAGCUUUAAUGCAGGAUGAGCCUGAGAGGCCAUUGAAAAGGUUGCGCUUAAAACACCAAGAUCAAGCUGCACCGUCUCAUGGACAGCAUAGCCCCACCUCGGCUUCUUGUACAUUGAAGACACCUAAACCGGAGCCUGGGGAGCCUGAAGCUUCCCCCAGUCAACGGGCCCAACCUGUGACUGGAUCUCCUCAGCCUCUUGUGAGAAAUAAGGGAAAACAACCUGUUUCACCCCAAAUCAGUCAGAGAGAUAGAAGAGCUGCACCUGAACGGCCAUCUCAAGCAUUACAGAUCAAAGAGCCAAAGGUUGAACCAGGUGUUAUUUCCACGCGAAAGCAGCCUGCUGUCAAUACUUUGAUAAUUCCCAAAGAUGAGCCUUUUACCGAUGACAUUGAACCUCUUGCUGUACUUCUUCCUGAGCACACGCAGCAGGAAGUUCCUUCAAACUCUAGAAAUCCUGUUGGCAACCUGGCAGAGUGCAUGGGUCAAGAAGUUGCCGCUAAUUCUGUUAAGCCAGUUUGUAGUGAGGACGGUCAAGGGUCCAAGGCCUCUAAAUCUGUUAAUGGUAUUGAUAAAGGUCUUGGAACAUUGGCAUCGUCUAGUGCAAAAGAGAAUGAUGUCCAGGAAGCUGAUGCUUCUGAGAAAACUCCAGCUAAAAUAGACAUUGCAGCCUCAUCUUUAGGAGAAGUGAAGCUAUCUUUGAGUUGCAACCUCGAUUCAGAAGGGAAGGAUUUCUAUAUUCCUGAUUUACAAGAAAUUCUGAAGAAAGCAGAUGAUAAUUGUCUUAGUAAGUACAAAAUCAUGGACCCAGAAUUUUCUAUCAUGAAGGUGAUGACAGAGUUCUGUGACUAUGUUGGAACGCUGGGUAUGAAUGCUGAUGGUUUGAAUCAAGUGAGGUCUAUUUUGCAAGAAGCCGAGGUCAUUGAGAAUAAUGGAAUUUGUUGCCUUAAAUCAAAUGGUUCAGUAUAUGCAGCAUCUUCUGUUAAUGCGAAUGACAUGACAGAAAUUGAUGCUUCAAAUCCCUCAUCAGCCUCCAAAUGUGCACAUGUGCAGACUGAUAAAAAUGCUGAUGGCCAUCAUUGUGCUGAAAGGGAUUCUAUUGUUGCAGACUUUAAUGUGAAGAGCUUGGUGGUUGUCCAGCAGCAGCAGCAGCUUAUUCCUACUGCUAUGCAUACUCUUUGUGAUACAAGUGAUAUUUCUAGGGGAAUGGAAGCAGUUAGAGUUUCAUUAGAAAGCACAAAUUGUGAUAGUAUACCAUCAUUCCAUUAUAUUUCCCAAAAUGUCAUCUCGCAUAUUGCUGAUGUAAUCUUUUCACUUGCUCAAAUUAGUGGGAAAGACUGUUGUCUUGCUUGUGGGGAUUGCUUGUCCCCAUCUUGCAACUGUGUCAAACGAAAUGGAGAAGAGUCCUCGUACACAUCUGAUUGUCUUGUGAGGGAACAGCUUUUGGACAAGUGCGUUUCAAUGGUCCGCAAUCCUCAAAAAGACUACCUUGUGUAUUGUAAAGAAUGUCCACUGGAACGAUUGAAAAAUGAGGAUAUGCUUGAUCCAUGCAAAGGUCAUUUGAAGCGUAAGUUCAUCAAGGAAUGUUGGACUAAGUGUAGUUGCAACAAGAAUUGUGGAAAUAGAGUCGUACAGCGCGGCAUAAAUUGCAACUUGCAGGUGUUCUGGACUCCGGAAGGAAAAGGUUGGGGUUUGCGGACCUUGGAAGAUUUGCCUAAGGGGGCCUUUGUUUGUGAAUAUGUUGGGGAGAUUUUAACUAUCACAGAGCUCCAUAAGAGGAAUUUGAGGAGAAGUAAUGACAAGCAUUCAUAUGCAGUUCUCCUUGAUACAGAUUGGGGUACAACAGCUUUAAAGGAAGCAGAAAUUCUUUGUUUGGAUGCCACAUUCUACGGAAAUGUCGCAAGGUUCAUCAACCACAGAUGUUCAGAUGCAAACUUGAUUGAAAUCCCAGUUGAAGUGGAGACCCCUGAUCACCACUACUAUCGUGUUGCAUUGUUUACAACAAGAGAUGUUAAUGCCUUGGAAGAGUUGACAUGGGAUUAUGGACUUGACUUCGAUGAUGGUGAACAUUAUACCAAAGCAUUCCGGUGUCUUUGUGGCAGCAAAUUUUGCCGCAACAUGAAACGGUCAAGCAGAUCUAGGUCUACCUUAACUUUACAGUGAAGACGUGAAAUCUGAGUGAGCUGGUUAACUUGUGACAUUGACUCAUUGCUGAUUUUUGCUGCUCAAUUGACUCUUAUUUUGCUGUUCUGCAACUUAGUGUUUAGACAGUAAAAUAUAGGACAUGUGAAUAUCUAGUGCAGUACUAUCUUCAUGUAUAGUGGCCUAGUGGCUAUGCAUGCCCCAAGCAUUUUAGAUUUGACUACAAAAUGCUUUUCUUAGUUGCAGAACAAAUCUUCAAGAUACAAUUAUAUGCCAUCUGUGAGCACAUUGAUACUCUUGAAGAGUCUACAAAUGUGUGACCAUCUUCUGCUCUAGCAUUUCGUUUCUUCUGGAAAAAACUGUUGUAGCACUCGAAAGUUGGAUAAAGGGAUUUUGGGCAUGUUGUUUUGAUAGUAAUGUAACAAUUAAUUAAGCCGUCCA